GCCCCUUCUUCUCUUAUUACCUAUCCAUGUCUUCUAAGAGAUCAUUACAAGCAUUCACACCACGCCUCCAUGUUUAGCCUGAGAUCUACCCUAGCUCUCAACAAGAAGCAGCUAAAGCCAAGCACCUCCACUACCGUCCUCCUAAUUGUGUUCAUCCUAACUCUAUACGUUACCGCCUGCGAAGGUCGCCAUCUCCGUGUUCAUGGCAGCCAGGACGACUGCCCAAGCAAGCUGUCUCCCUCACCACCCAAGGGUGUAAUAGAUGAUGAUGGUGCUGCCAAAGGGAAGAUGAGCUCCUCACCGGAGGUUCUAGUUGGAAGCAACAUGCUGGAUGCAUCAAUGAGCGAUGACGAAGCAGUGACCGAGGUCAAGAAGGAAGUGGCAUCAUCAGGUGUGGUAGCUAGAAAUGCUAGAAACGUUGUUAGGGUUUUGCAACAGCUUCAUCAUCGUUGGCAUGAAGACGAUCAGGGAAUCCAUCUGGAUUACGCUCAACCUAGAACCCAUACUCCGCAUCAUAACCGAUGAGAGAAUGUCAUGUACCAAGCUGUGACCCUAAUGUAGUUUUGCCUUAAAAUA